AUGGUUCUGACACAUGCAAACUGUCCCACACCAGCCGGCCUGUCCAAAGAAUGCAAGAGGAUCCUCAAAGGUUUUGGAGGAUGGACUAUGUUCAUGGCCUCGUACCAGCUAGAUCCCUUCGAUGACGAGGACGCAGCAAUGGGAGAGCGCAUUCUGAAGGCAUUGGGCGAAUCCGAGGAAGAAGAAGAAGAAGAGAAGAAAACCUCUUGA